CGGCGGCGGCGGGCGGGCGGCUCCCGCUUCAGCCUCGGCAGUGGCGUCGGCGACGGAGUCGAGGCAGCCGCGAGCGCUCGGCCGAGUGGCGGCGGGCGGCGACGGCGCAGGAGCCGGGGGUUGAGGACACGCGCGCUGGCCCUUCCGCGCCGCGGCCGCCGCCGCCGCCGCCACCCAGAGCCUGAGGCGCCGGGGCGCGGGCGAGCGGGUGGGCCGGGGCAGGGCGGGCAUGGCGCGGACCCCGGGCCCGGCCCCGUUGUGUCCUGGAGGCGGCAAAGCACAACUUUCCUCGGCUUCUCCUCCCGCGGCCGGGCUGUUGCUGCUGCUGCCGGCCCCGACGCCGCCGCCGCUGCUGCUGCUGCUCAUUCCCCUGCUGCUCUUCUCCCGGCUCUGUGGUGCCUUAGCUGGAUCAAUUAUCGUGGAGCCACAUGUCACAGCAGUGUGGGGAAAGAAUGUUUCUUUGAAGUGUUUAAUUGAAGUGAAUGAAACUAUAACACAGAUUUCAUGGGAGAAGAUACAUGGCAAAAGUACACAGACUGUUGCAGUUCAUCAUCCUCAAUAUGGAUUCUCUGUUCAAGGAGACUAUCAGGGAAGAGUCUUGUUUAAGAACUACUCACUUAAUGAUGCAACAAUUACUCUGCAUAACAUAGGCUUCUCAGAUUCUGGAAAAUACAUAUGCAAAGCUGUUACAUUCCCACUUGGAAAUGCCCAGUCCUCUACAACUGUGACUGUGUUAGUUGAACCUACGGUGAGCCUCAUAAAGGGGCCAGAUUCUUUAAUUGAUGGAGGAAAUGAGACAGUAGCAGCCAUUUGUAUAGCAGCCACUGGAAAACCAGUCGCACAUAUUGACUGGGAAGGUGAUCUUGGUGAAAUGGAAUCUACUACAACUUCCUUUCCCAAUGAAACAGCAACGAUUGUCAGCCAGUACAAGCUCUUUCCCACGAGAUUUGCUAGAGGAAGGCGAAUUACUUGUGUUGUAAAACAUCCAGCCUUAGAAAAGGACGUCCGAUACUCUUUCGUACUAGACAUACAGUAUGCUCCUGAAGUUUCAGUUACAGGAUAUGAUGGAAAUUGGUUUGUGGGAAGAAAAGGUGUUAACCUCAAGUGUAAUGCUGAUGCAAAUCCUCCACCCUUCAAGUCCGUGUGGAGCAGGUUGGAUGGACAGUGGCCUGAUGGUUUAUUGGCUUCUGACAAUACUCUUCAUUUUGUCCAUCCACUGACUUUCAAUUAUUCUGGUGUUUAUGUCUGUAAAGUGACAAAUUCCCUUGGUCAAAGAAGUGAUCAAAAGAUCAUCUACAUUUCAGACAUUCCACUUAAGCAGACCUCAUCCAUAGCAGUGGCUGGAGCUGUGAUUGGAGCUGUCCUGGCCCUCUUCAUCAUCGCUGUCUUCAUGACUGUGUUGCUAACACCGCGGAAGAAGAGGCCAUCGUAUCUUGACAAAGUAAUUGACCUUCCUCCUACGCAUAAGCCAUCCCCUGUUUAUGAAGAACGAGUUCCUUCUCCACCUCAGAAAAGCCUUCUGUGUCAGACUGAACACUUGCCUGUGCAGACUCAGUUCAAAGAGAAAGGAGCUGUUGAUCUUCAGUCCUCUAAUGGACUCAAUAGCAGGAGAUUUGACUAUGAAGAUGAGAACACAAUAGGAAAGGAUGGGACUCAGCAGAUGUACCCCCUUUACAACCAGAUGUGCUACCAAGACCGAAGCCCUCACGAGCAUCACCCAAGCAACCCUGAGAGGCUCUACAUCAACCCACGAGAACAUUAUGUGUGAUUUUCCUCUUGUAAUGGGUGUUCUAACAAAUGUUUAUUCUUAGACUUGAGAGAAACUGAGGCAUCUAAGCAAUUUCAAUCUGAGUGUGUUGGAACUCUUGAUGAAUGACUCUGAGCUAAUAGUAGAUUUCUUAACUUCAUUAAGGGUUUCUUAACCACCAGCUGUGUUUGUGAACGUGCCUCUAGCUUUGCAUCUCUGUAACUCUGGUGUUUAACUACUAACACUUGGCCUACAAUGGUGUGUUCAUUUGAAAUCACGUCAUCUGCCUGUGAUGACUUCAGGGAAUGGUCACAGCUGCUGGCAACCACAAUGCUUGGGUCUCAGGCAGUGCUUGUCUGUAAUUUAAACAGGUGGGAAAAUGAGCUCCACAUCCAGUACACUAAUUAUUAAGCUGGGAUUUAGAUUUCCCUAGCAUCUCAGUACAAUUACAAUACCUGCAUACAGAGGCCAAGGAAAGAGGCAGACUCUCUUCUCUGCAAACAACAAUAACAAGCAAUGAGAACCUGCAAGCCUCCGGGUGCUUGUGAGCCAGUGUUAGUGCCUUGUGUCCUUCCUGGCUAGUAGAUCUCAAGGGCUCCACAUGGCCCUCUGCCCUCUGUCCCCUCAUGAUUAGUUGUGUCUACAAAGUCUUCUACUUUGUCCUUGUGCUGCAACCUGUUUCCUACCUAGUAAGUCCUAAAACCCCUGCCGAAAUAGGAUGCAGUCCAGUUAGUUUUGCCCUUCUUCGUCUUCUGAACAUGACAAGCUCAGCUUUCACUUCUUUAGUUGAUUCCAAACCAGUCUCACUCCGCACAGGCUUUAGCUGGCUACACUUCUGCUUUCUUCAUUUUUUUCCAUCUCAUAUCUACCUCAAACAAACAAACAAGCAAGCCUGCUGAAAAUCACCAUGAAAUAACUCCCACUCCUAAAAGCCAGGUGGAAAAUCUGAAAACUAUUUUUUGUAAAGCUACUUCAGUAUGACAUGUUUGCUAAAUCUGCAUGUCCUCUAUUCCUCCUCCUCACAUCACCUGGUCAACAAGCCUAAAGAGACACUACAAAGUGAGUAAUACAGCAGCUUCUCUGCCAAGCUAAAUGGUUACACGACAAUGCUGUUAUGCCUGCUCGUAUCUGCCUGGAGUCCUCUCAUCUCCCUCUGCCAGCUGUCUAUCACUAAGACUGACAAGGCUCACAGAAGGAAACUUAAAGGCAAAGGGAUCAUGGGCAUAUCUUAAAGAUAAUGUCGCUUUACUGUGUAUCCUAGAUGAUCAGAGCAUGUCACAGGCAUUAAAAAUAAAACACUAUGUACUUGUUACAUAUUAAGGAAGAGUUGUAUGAACAUCAAAAUAAAUAGUUUACAUUUCUAGCCUAACCCACAAGAGGAAAUGAACAUUAUCAGAUUUCUAGUGAAAUACCAAAGACACUUUAUUCAUGCCACACUGGCCUUGGUUCUCCUUUACUUCUUUUUAUUGUUUGUCCACCUUUGUGAGAUAAGCCUUAGAGGAGGCUCUGCUCUAGUGAUUUACUCACCCAACCCACUCCCCGUUAUCUGCAGUUCUAGGGGGAAGAGUACUUAAAUUCUAUCUUACUUCUUGGUUUUGGAUUAGCCUUUUUAGAGGUUAUGGCUCCAGAGCACCUAGAGUUCCACUGGUCUUUGCCCCACCACUCUGCUACUCCAGGUUUAGUUCUGCUGAGGCCAGCCUCAUUGCUCAGGAUGCCAUUGCUAAGUCAACGCAUCUACAGUUGCAGGAUUCCUUGUGAUUGGUUUCCAGUAGUCGGAUGGUGUAGUACUAAGAGUUUUCCCUGGCCGUGAAGCAUUUCAUUAGCCCUCUAUGUUAGGGGCCAGACUGCUGAGUCCCCCUCCUUUAGAAGGCUUUAAAUAUCUGAAUGCUGAGGAGAGUUGCUAGAGUCCCGCUGGGAAGAAGGUCACAGAGUCCACUUCACAAAAGCGCACUGUGGACCCAGAGGGAGGGAGGGAUGUCAUCCUUUGUGCCAGAGAAAAGGAUCUGGGGGCCUUUUGUCCUCUCCUUAGCACCCUCACACGAGGAGCUCACUGUCUACCUUUCAACGAUUCUUAGAAUUGUUAUGAAAAAGUUAUUUUAGGGUGUGGGUAUUCUCAUGCAGCCAGCUAGUUCAUUGUCAUCUGUGCCUUUCUCUCAGCUAUGAAAUUUCUUAGACAAACUGCUAUAUUUGAUAGUUGUUAGCCCCAGACAUGGGUCACAUAAGCUUCAUAAUAGCUUCUCCUAGUGUCUCCUGUCUGCUCUCUAUUAAAAGAAAGAAAGAAAGAAAGUUAGUCAAAUACAGAACAGCUUUGAAGGGGUUUGAUUAACCAGUCCCAUCAACCAAAAAAUGUUAUCCAAAAUUAGAAUGCUAAUCUCUGAAUUUGGAGCCUAGACUACUUGAUGGUGCCAUUUAAAUUUGGAAGCUAGACUCUAAAGGUUAGUAAGCGAGGUUGAGGAACAUCUUCACAGCUGAUCAUGCUCUCACCAUAUCUGUUUCAUGUAGCAUUUUUCCAUGGACUGCUUCCACUCUACAUUCCAAGGAGGCAGAGGCACUGCUCACCCUCACCACAGCCUGCAUUACCUAUUUUACCUGCAAGCAUUAUGGCUGCAGGAGCAAACCACCAAAUUCUUUGCAUCUCACUACAGUGAAGCAUCUGCACUGGCUAGGAUCAGCCAGACUUGAUGAACUCAGAAUGCAAACAGCAGUAAUUUGCUAUGUAUUCUAUGAGAGUUCCCUUUAUGGAUGGAUUUUGUAUGCUUUAAAUUUGAAGACAUCUCUAUGCUCUUCACAGUAUAUGAAACUCUUUCCUGUGCCAGGUAUCUGUAUAGAAGGUGCACAUGUACACACACACACACACACACACACACACACACACACACACACACACACACAAAACUAAAGAAAUGCCAAGUAAGUGACCAGGUUUUCAUCAUUAUUUUCUAAGAAAUGGAACCAAGUCCUUCACCCCAAGUUGUCUUUUGUAGCAGUGUGAAUUUCAAAAAUAUUAAUCUGUUAUUGGUCAUCUUUUCUUGCAUUCACUUGCCUCCUGGUACUGUUCUUACUGUACAAUACAGCCUGCCUUGGAAUUAGAAGAUCACCCAUUGUUUUAAGAAUCAACAGUCUAUACCCAACUUUACCUGUAACUAUAGAAACUUAGGAAAAUAACUUAAACUGUGUAGAGUAUCAUCUGUCCCCACCUGUAAAUCAGAGACCUUCCCUGUCAACCUUUCAGAACUGUGGUACAAAUUAAACUAGGGAAUGGUGGAUGAAAAAUUGUUAAGUUCUCUCCUAACCGAGAAGUACCUAUGACUCCACUAUUGCAUAUUAAACUUCAAUGUCCGAUGCCUUUGCCAACAUUUAGAGUAUUGGAUGUCCCAGGAAGAAGGAUUCAGCAGUGUAGAAAUUUCAGUUUGAUCCAGUUUGAAGUAUAACCAAUUACAACUUCAGGCAUUCCACUUACUAUAGUAAACAUUUAUCCCAUCGAUUGUUUCAUAUCCAGAUCAUUGAAAUAGAUCCUUGGGUAAAGGCACUUGCUAUGAAAGCCUGGGGAUCUGAGUUUAAUCCCUGGAGCUCACAUGGAAGUAGAAGGAGAGAUAAGGUCCACAACAUGGUCAUCUUAAUCACCACUUGAGCUCACAUACCCCAUGCACAUGCAAUAAUAAUAAUAUAGUUUUACAAGGUUCAUCUGCCAAACUUUAGGUAGGAUUGAAAAUACAUAUUAUUAGAAUUCACCAUUGCUUCUGUUUUUCAAAUAACUGUUAAUCAGUACCUUUUCCAAGUGUAUGGUAUGGAUUGGGUAUCCAGGACCAGCACUUUACAUGAAAUCAUUUCAUUGGAUAGGACCAUACUUCUGGUAUAUCCUCUUUCAGGAGCUCCCAUGGCAACAGAAAGGUGUGCAAUUCACACCAUACAUUUGUAGGCUAUGUAGGUCAUUGGUCAGCUGUUACUUCUUUUAAACCCACUUUGAUUGUUAGGGAAUAUCGUCUUGAUUUUCUUUCAAAGCAGAAGAAUAAGAGCCUACAGGAACUAAGACCUUAAGAAUUGUUACAAUCAAAAGCAAGCACACAUGCUCACUUUACUCAUGUGUCCACUAGCUUAACCUACAAAGGCCAAACAACCACGUCAGAUGGAACAGCCUAUACCAGUUGAUUUGGUUUUACUAGGCACAAGCUUGUAACAUACUUUCCUGGACUUAAUUUGACAUGCUCUUGCUGUUGGUCUCUGUUCAAUAAAAAUUCAUCUCCCAGGGUAGUAACAUUCAUACUGAGGACAGCUGGAAGGAAGCCAGAGGAGGCUAGAAAGGUGAAAGGUCACCACCUGUACUUUGUGCUUUUCUUGUUCUGGUGCUCGAAUGACAAGGCCCUUCCUUCAUCCUUGGGUCAUUUGAAGACUCUAAAAGAACAUAGGACUUUUAUCCCCAUUAAGCCAAUAGCUAAUGUUUGCAAACCCAGUCAACUAUAGAAUGCAACUACAGUAAUCUUACAACUGAUGUAUGCAUCAUGAAUUUCUUCCAUCCAAGAAUUUUCUAAUCUGGCCUUAUCCUGCUGUUAGACUAUUUCGGUAACCUUUGGUAAACUGAUGUGUAAGGAGUAUAUGCUUCCUUCCCAACCUCACUAGGUAAUGCGUUGCACUGGAAUCCGUUUAGCCCAAGUGCUAAUAAACCAGGAGACUCCAGAACAGUAGCCCACUCUCCUAUAAAGCUGAGAAAACCCCUACUCUGUUCUUUGAGGCAACCCAGCUGCAUCUCAUGUCUAUCUGAAAGAACUAUCAAAAGUAAAUCCAGCAAUAUUCUUCCUAGUUUGAUCAGCCAGACCAUGUUCUGUUUGACUUCUAUACACAGAGUAUGUCAGGAAUCCUCAGUCUGUUGGGUUUGUUCAUGGGAGGGCUGUUCUUACAAGAUGUGAACCAAUUCACUGACCUUUAACACCACCAAGUUGGCCAUUUGCUAGAUUAACAAAGUCUCUAGGAUUGGACUGUAAAUAAAGUGUGUGGUAAUAGCCUUAGAAGUAACCAGAGCUUCUGUCAGCUUCUGGGAGAUGUGUGUUCCUGAUUACAGUGCAUCAGAUAUUAACCAGCCACACCUAGAGCCAUAGUAAAACUGAUGGGCAUGUUUCAAAAUAACUUUAAAAAUUAAGUUUAAUGUAACAGAAUCUGGUAAGAUUCUCAGGUCUUCAUGCCCUCACACUAUAGUGGAAUAGGGCUAUUUACUGUCUGAAGUCAAGAACCUGCUGGAGAGUUGUGCUCACAUUUGUCCAUAGUAACAACUGUAUUUUUAGGAUGGACUGUCAGAUUUAUGGAAAAAAGCAAACUAUCUGUGAAGUGACCGUCAACUGACAUGUUUCUGUCAUCUUGUGCUACAAUUCCACAGUGGGUUUGUCACAGUUGCCACAAGCAAAUGUUAUAUAGGAGGCAGGUCACUUGGACAUGAAGAGAGCUACUCUUGGUCUUAAAGUUAUUACCCAGGUCUAAUUACUAUCCCAAACAAUCGAGUGAACAAAGGGGCUUUCUGAGGUAGUUCAGUCUUCUACCACUCUAAAGGUUGAAGGCCACAUAGUUUCCCCUUUAUGGGUUUUGCCAGAGUAUUUAUUUCUAGGAUCAGAUCUCAUAGGCACAACACAAUGGUGGGUUUUGUGAUCUACACCGGAUUAAGUUUAUCUCCGUGAUGUGGAAUUUGGCUGUGAAAGGUGAUUAGAAGAGAGCCUGGGAGAAAUCCUCUCUGGGAAUCCAGAACAUCAGAUUUGCUACAUUGACUUAGAACAGCCCUGUCCUACCACAAAUGUCUCUGACAGCCAUGAAGAGAUGGGUUAUUUGUCUUUCUCAGAGGUUAAUUUCCCUUAAUGACACACAAGAUCUAUGAAGUUCAGAAUGACACACAGUUUUCCAAGUGAACAAACACCAUUGUUUUGGUUACCAAUACCCUUUUCAGGAACAGGUGGGAUUUUUAAAUCCACCCUCGUGUAUUGAUCAAACUAAAGUAGACUCCCCUCUGAAAUCUUAUGAAUAGCCUAGUAUUCAUUAUAUUUUAACUAGAUGAAGCAGGUGUUUGUUCUGCAGGAACUAGUUUACUCCAGCCCACACCACUGCUCAAUUGCACCCCUGUACUCUCACGAGACAUAACUGCAAAGAUUCCCUUAAACUGAAUGUGUCCAUCAUCUUUGAUUUCAUUGUAUACUUGAAAUCCCAAAUCCUCUGUAAAAUAUAAGUAGCUGCCAUUGCUACUAGAUCCCCAGAUUAUUCCAUUAUCCAUCUGUAAAAGUUCCGUUGCUCCUCUGUCUUCUGUUUCUACCUCGUAGCCAAUGCUGUACAACAUAACAUCUCCAUCCCGUUUGUUGUCCCUGUGGUCCUCCCCUCUCAAAAUCUCUGCUUCUCACCUUUGUUCCUUCAUGUUGGUGCGCUCUACCUCACGGGUUGUACCCAUGGUAGGGGGGAAUACGAUGUCAAAGGCUAUCUUCAAGAGAGAUUCUCCUUUCAAAGUGAUUUUACAAAAGGACCCGGCUUAGAAAUGAGAAAAACUCUAGCUAUUAUAUUUUUCUAUUCUUGUUUUGCUAUUUUUACCUCUGCAAAGUGAUCUCCAUCUGAAAAGAGGCUUUAUCCUGGUUUUAACUUUCUCCCUGGUAACCCCCUAACAAUGAAAUCUUCACCUUGUCUGUGCUCUGAACUUCUUCCUCUGACCCAAAACUAAGUCUCUCAGUGGAAACCCCAAAUCUUAAUACUGCUAGUAAAAAAAAAAGCAUAAUGUCUAUUGCAGAGAAAUCUCUUGCUUCUCCCACAGGAAGCCAUUCUCACAACAAGCCUUGCUUUUUCAUAUGUAAACUGAGGCUAAUCCGUUUGUUUGUUUCCCAGUACCUGAGUAUUGAAUCCUGGCUAAUAAGUGGUAGAAGUAUUUUACACAUAGCUUGUGCUUCAUUAUAAUGGAUAAUGGGUAAUCUAGACAGCCUUCAAGCAGGAGUGAGUCUAGCUGGAUUCAGAAUCCCUUUACCCCCACUGUUUGCAAAAGAAACAUCCCUCACUGUCUUCUUAUGGUUGAAAUCUGUUGCUUUUUUUUUUUAAUUAUUUUCAUUCUGCUGUGUAGAAAGGGUUUUAUGCUAUGUAUUCCUGCUUGUGAGAAAAGACCCAAGUUAUAAAUUUCAGCAUUAGAACUGAAGCAGUUAACAGUGUAGUUGUGUGAAGAAAAUUCUAGCUCAGAUGUUGUGAAAUACAAAAAGAAGCAAACAUCAGCUUAGACUGAUAUUAUAUUUUAAAUAGUGAAUGUUAAUGUGGUUUUUAGACAGUCUUUUAAGUUUCCAGAAAUUGUCUUUUAUUUUUGCAGUCUUACACUAUAUUAUGACUUUUAGAUAUUAUAAAUAAAGUCUUUUAUCAUUUAA